UAAAACUGUGUUUAUUUCACUGUGUCUUCGAGUAUAUAGGACCCAUACCUGUUGCUACAAUGAAAAAAGCUCAUGUUCUUCUGUUUUUGAAUUUAGUUUUGAGUUGUGUUUUCCUCUCGGGAGGUGCAGUCGCUAACUCCGAUAUACCUCUGCCUUAUUCUUUACAAGCGGCAGGUUUCGAGGAUUUUACAUAUGUUUAUGGGACCUUCUACGCACUUGGAAUCUUAAUAUACACCACUACUAUUCUGGGGUGCGAAGGGCUGGACAAAACAAACUCACCAUUGGACUAUACGAAUAUAGGAAUGCUCUUAGCCCUUACUGUCAUUGAAUUUGUUCUUGGUGUCGUCGCCUUGUCUUCAAGGUACAACCAGAUGGAAUACAAGAUUUACAACAACAUUGUUGUUGUUUCCUUAACAAAAGAAAGUCAUUUUCACCAUGUAAGAACUCAACAAAUCCUUGAGUGUUGUGGGGCGACAAGGGGUUGCCAAGAUUGGUCCACAAAGUCUUCAAGUUAUGGCUGUGGGUGUGUUCCUAAAUCCAUGUCAAAUGAUAAUUCAACUGAUCCGGAUUGCGUAUUAGCUCAUUCUGUAGACUGUGGACCUGAUACUGCGACAUCGUCGGUUUAUGUUUAUAAAAAAGUAAGCAUCGUAACGGAAGUAUAA